UCUCUCACCAUCUUUCUGCAGUCAUUGACAUGAGACUAUAUUUGUAUUAUAUAAGCAGCUGAGAACAAUUUCCUACAGAGUAGCAAUUUUGUUAUUUGAUUUUACAAGUGAGCUUACAAAAGUUUAAUACCUUGACCAGAUAGAGAUGGCACUGUGGAAAACUUUCAUUGGGUUUGCAAUAAAAAAAGCUUUUGAACAGUUGUGACAAAAUGAGUGCAGGUGAUGGUUAUUUGGAUGUUGAAACCAACCAUGCAUGACCACAGUGACCAAAUAGAGGAAAUCCUUGAUGACAGUUUUCAUAAAUAUUCUGUUUACCUGAAUGGCUGAAGGAUUAGAGUCAUAAAGUUAUUGACAGGCAAUUCAAUGAACUGAACUGACAAUGAUGCAAAAGAUUAUUGUUUUGUGUUUGAUUCAAGCUGUGCUUGUGAAAGAGACAAUUGGAUGUACAAAUGCAGAAAAAACUGCAGACGGCACCAAAACCAAAACAUGUUGGACCAAUGAUCAAUGUAGUGAUGACCACAACUGUGUCACACAUCUAAUGCUAUGUUGUCCUAUCUUACAAUUGCCAAAGACAGUAGAAACAGACAAUUUACCAAAGACAGAUCCAGAACCAAUUAAAGCAUGUAAAAAUCCUGAAACAGACAUAAAUGGCUUGAAAAAAGCUUGCAGUAAAACGGAUAUGACUUGCAGCAAGAAUUACAUUUGUAAGAUGGGAAAUUGUUGUCCUGUAAAACCUACAUUGAUUUCUGCACCAGGAACAACCAGUAGUGGUUCUUGUCCAUCAGUAGAGAACAUGCCUGUAGGUUUAUGUUUUGACAUUCAAGACAGUAUAAGAUGUGAAACAGUUCAAGAUUGUCAAGGGAAUCAACUCUGUUGUCAAAGUGGAUGUGGAUCUGUUUGUACCAAUCCAGAAAAACCAUUGAGUAUAUGUCAGAUACAAUUGAGAAUGGCAGCACUACAGUUAUUUACAAAGAAAGAUAUAUGUUCAGCGAUAUUUUUGCCAAGGUGUGAUAGUAAUGGACAAUUUCAGAAGAAGCAGUGUUUAGAUUCACAUGGAAUAUGCUGGUGUGUGCAUUCAAAUGGAACAAAAAUAAAAGGUUCAAAUGUAAGGGGAAACCCAGACUGCUCAAAAGCAACAAGAUCAGGAAGUUGUCCUAAUCCUAGUCAAUGGACCAUGAUGGAUUUAUUAGAUGAUGGCUGCACGUCUGAUGAUGAUUGUUCUGGAUCUGAUGAUAAAUGCUGUUUUAAUGGAUUAGGGUACCAGUGUGUGCCACCAGAUGGCAUGCUUACUACUGAAAGAGACAGAAGAAGUUUACCAACACCAGGAUGUUCUAAUGGUAAAAUGAUGAAGUGUUGUGCCAUCGAUCUGUGUUUGCAUGCUGUAUGUCCGAAUAAUCCACAUGCUGUGUGUCGUAUCAAUCCAUGUAAUGACUGUUCCACAGAGUUCUAUGACCAGAUGAAUCGUAAAGUAGACAGCUGUUUUGAUGGCAUAUCUAAGUGUGAAAGAAUGCAAUAUGGAAUGCUGGGAAAAGCUGUUCCAAUGCUCGGCUGGGCAGACACAACAAACCCACCAUAUCUACAAUCCAGGGGACCAUCUGGAAAUUUGAUGUUGGGUGUGGUCAGUCCUUAUUGGGCAGACACAACAAACCCCUUUCAUUUGCAGUCAUAUGACUCUAACUUUAACUCGCCAAAGGAUUCCAAACAGAAACAGGGUUCAUCCACAUGGCUUGAUAUUAUGUUCUUAUUACAAAAAAUUACUGAUGAUAAUGAUGAUACUGCUACCCUGCCUGGAGGAUUGGGAGCUGGAGAUGAUAUGUUUCAAUCAAAAAAGGGAGGUUUUGUUUGUCCAGUAAUUUUGCCGACUACAGCUGGAAUCUGUCAACAGGAAUGUAACAGCGAUGUGGACUGUGUGUCUAGUAAAAUGUGUUGUUACAAUGGAUGUGCAAAUACAUGUCAGAACCCUGUACAAGUUAUGUCAGAUGAAGUUUGUAAACUGCCACCUAUAUCAGGUGAAUGUAUCAGCCAAAAAUAUGUAAACAGAACAUACUUCAACCAAGCAACAGGCAAAUGUGAAACAUUUAGGUACAGAGAUGGUUGUCAUGGCAAUGACAACAACUUCCUGACAAAUGAAGCAUGUGUUCGAGGAUGUAUACCAGGUAUCCCUGACUUGUGUAUAAGUAGUCCAGAUCCAGGGAUGUGUGAAGGUUACUUUCCAAUGUGGUUUUAUAAUGUGACAUCAAAUAGAUGUGAACAGUUUGUUUAUGGUGGUUGUGAUGGCAACAGAAAUAAAUUCUCCACUGAAAAGCAGUGUUAUGUGUCAUGUGGGACGUCAUUGAAUUUGCCAUCUGUUUGUCAAAAACUUUCAUGCCAAGAAAAUGCUGUUUGUUUAGCAUAUAAUGAAACAUAUGCAGAAUGUUUAAUGAAAACAGAUAUAUUACCAGAGUUAAACUAUUAUGUGGCUGACUGUGAUACGAUGGAUGGAUCAUUUAUAGCUGAGCAGUGUGCUGGAACUGUAUGUUGGUGUGUUGAUGUACAAUCUGGUGCCUACAUUGAGGAUACCUUGAGAAUUGGACAUGCUCAGUGCAAUACCUCAGUUGGUAACAAUUUGACAGAUUCACACAAACCAGUUUGUUCAAAUGGUAACAUUCCAUCACCCUGCAUAGGAGCAUGUCAGCAGUCAACUUGUAGGGGAAAUCCCAGUGCUAUUUGUAUUCCUGAUCCAUGUAAUAAUUGCUCUAUCCGAUUUGAAAACCAUCAAGGAGAACCAGUUGUUUGUGGAAUGGAUAAGUGCAAGAGCCAAAAGCCUGAUCAUAGGGACCAUCAGGAGCACGUUGGGGAGUUUGCUUGUGGAAAUCCAUCCUUGAGAUAUGUUUAUAACAUAUUCACAUUCAAAUGUGAAAGUUUCCUUUACACCAAGUGUGAAGGUCCUGAUGUUUACUUUAGAAGUGUGUUUGAUUGUCAGGACCAAUGUACAGGUUCAAUGUGUGAAAGUUCACAACCAAAGACAUGUGAGAACACAUGUGCUUCAGUGACCUGUCCCUAUUUGACUGGUGCCCUGUGUCAGGUUAAUCUUUGUACCUGUCAGCCAGAAUUUUAUGAUCCAGUUUCUAUGGAGAAAGUCCUCUGCAAUAAAGUUCACCCAGUAUGUCAGCAACAGAGAAGCCUGGUACAUAAUCAGAUGGUGAAAAGCAUUGAGAGUUCUGAUAAUUCAAAAAGAUGGAAGCAAUUACCAGUUUGUGAUGAAAAGGGAGAUUUUAUUCCACAACAAUGUUUUGAAAAGAUGUGUUGGUGUGUUGAUGGGAUAGGAAAUACAAUCCACAAUAGCCAAAAACUUCUGUCCAAGUCCUUUCAGUCAAUUGAUUGUAUGAAAAAUAUCACAACAGCAGCAACUAUUACAUUCAGCUUCUUAGAAGAUUAUGACAUGUAUGCUAAAAACAAAGAAGAGAAGGUUAAAAGAUUGAUUUCCGAUGGAUUAAGAAAGCUUUCUCCAGACUUUUCAAGGAUACUUAAGACAGUAACAGUACAAAGAGGAAGUAUCAAAGUUGGUGUAGAAUUAGAAGCAAGUUCUAAUGAGGAUUUUCCACAAGUUGCCUCUCAUGCUAACCUUUUGGAAAGUCAGAUAAGGGAUGGUUUUAUUGUUGAUAUGGAUGGUAAACUUAUGACUGCAGAUAAGGACUCUGUAGAAACAACCUUGACCUUUGAACCCCAGGAAUCCCCAGAGAAAGCCACCAAGCUGGACGGUGGAACUAUAAGUCAGAGAACCAUAAUAAUAAUUAUAAUUGUUGUCUGUGCUGCAAUUUUUCUGCUGUUUAUAAUAAUAAUGAUAUGUGCCAAAAGAAGAUCAUCAAGAAGUAAAGAAGCUGAUCUUAUGACAGUUGAGAAUGUCCAUCAACCAAAUUCUUGUUAUUUUAAAAACGAGGCAUGUGAUUUGAAAGAUGAACAAGUGGAUGAUAAAAAAAGAUGAAAAAUCCUGAAUUUAGAUGUAGAAGAUUAUAUUGUUUGAUGAAAUCCAAAAUCCAUUAUUAUGCAUUGUGAUAUGAUAUUAACUUUAAGCAUUUGAAUGAAAGGAGGGAGAUGCAGGUUUCUGUCAAUGAGACAGAAUCCCUACUACACAAAAAACAUAUUUUGAUCAUUUAUUUUAUAAAUAUAUAAUUCAUUUCAAAACUGUAUAUAUUGAUAAGAAAUUACCUAAAAAUAUUUUAAGUUCCUCUAUUAUUGUAUGAGUGAUUAGAAGGAACUCCUCGAAUAAUUUUGGAAAAAUUUCAAUUCAUUUGGAAAAAAGUGGAUUUGAGUAUUUAUAUUGUUAUAUUGUAAUUUUAGGUGUUUUUUUAAGGACAAGUUAGGUUUAAAAGGGUACAAUUGUGAAUACUUUGGAUGAGUUAUUUUCCACUUAAUUUUAGGAAACUUCUUAUAAAAACAAGGAGAUGUGGUAUGAUUGCCAAUGAGACAACUAUCCACCCAAGUUCAAAUGAAGUGGAUGUAAGCAAUUAUAGGCAACCGUACAGCCUUAGUUUUUCUUUUAUUGAAAAGGGGAAUUUUGAGAUUUUCAUUAAUUUUCUUCCAGCUUAUCAAUGUUUCCCUUCAAUUAUACAUGAAGAUAGUUGGAUAAUAAAUUCUUUAAAAAAAUUAAACUGAUACCAAGUAUACUGAUUACAUUUAAAAUGUUAAGCAGGAAAAUCGUGAAUUCCAAAACAUUUAUAUUAUACCAUUCCUAAUGUAUUAUGAUGCUAUGGAAGUUGGAAAUAAAUUCAAUAUAAGGGUCUUCUUUUGCAAAAGGGAGGGGAGGAUUUAAUAUUCAUUUUUGUACUGGAUAGUGUUUGUCUUUGUCUUUGACUUCAUUUCAGUCCCAAGUUAACUUCUUAUCUGCACCUUUAAGAAAUUUUCCAUUCAAAACUUUCAUCCGAAAACACCUUAUCACUUUUUGUCCGCCAUUACUGGCCUUCACAGACGUUCCUGUAACAUUUUAUAUGUCAUGAAAGAAAAUGUCUGACGCAACAAUGCUAAACUAAGUGUUGUAUGAGGUCAUUAGUUCAAGUGUCACAAAAUCUUGGGGUAAAGUUUAGUAGAUUCCGAAAUAGUGAUAAGGUCUAUUUAACAGUGUGUAAGAGUUGACUUAGUUUUGCAUGUGUUCAUAUAUGAUAUCUAAUCAAGGGUAUUUAACUACAAUGUAUGUUCAUGUUAUAAAGGCAUUGUUUUGUUUAUUUUAUUAUAUUAUCAUUUUUUUAAUAAAUAUUUUAGACUUAAA